CGUAUGUCAAAUGUGUCAAAUUGUUAAGCAGUCUAUGGACAUUCGUAUUUCGUAAAUGUUUAUGACGAGUUGACGAGUAAAGAAAGUCCAAGGGGUCUCCGACCACUCCUUUUGCUGAUAAGUGAUAAUGAUUUGUGAUAGUGUUGAUAAUACGUAAUAUAAAAAAUAAAACGUAUAUAACACUACGGAGCUACCAGAGUGUCAAAAAUGAGUGCAAUAAGUCAAGGUUUUAGUAAGAUAUUCUCAAGAAUAUCACAUUCAAAGGAUGAUCCAAAGGAUAGAUCGGCGACCGAAAUUGGUCUGCCAACUAACGUGAUGCAUGAAUUUCAUGUUAGUAAAAACGCAGUGACCGGUAAAUUGGAAGGUUUACCUACAUCAUGGAUAAAGAUUAUGAACAAUCAAAUAACGCAGGCGGAGCAAAAUGAAAAUUUAGACGCUGCUAUACAAGCUGUGAAAUAUUAUAAUUAUUCCAUUAAGAAAAAAGACACAACAGAACCCUUUAAGCCAUUCGUUACGAAAGAAAUAAUUGAUGAAGAAACGGUGGAAAUCGAUACGUACGUCGGCGACAGAAAUGUAAGCAAAGGCCAAGAGUCGAAUAAAGCUAUCCCCCCAGAGCCCAAUACACCGCCACCAGCACUUCCUAGUAAGACCAAUACACUUCCAGUAUUACCGCCAAAGAGGAGCAAUAAACAGCAGCCCACACCAAUAAAUGAUUUAUCUAGUAGUGUCAAUAAUUUAAAUGUUACAGGCGAUAGUCCUGAGUUACGUAGAAAGAAUGUUUCAACCUUAUCUGAUGAGCAAGUUUUUGCAGAACUCAAAUCCAUAUGUAAUCGUGAUGAUCCACAUCGCAGAUUUGAACGACAGAAAGAGUUGGGAGCUGGCGCUUCUGGUACAGUAUUCAUAGCCAACGAUGUUGUUACCCAGCAGAAGGUGGCUAUAAAAGAUAUCGAUAUGACAAAGCAGCAGAGAAAAGAAUUAAUACUCAGUGAAAUUAAAGUCUUGAAGGAUUUUAAUCAUCCUAAUUUGGUUAAUUUUUUAGAUGCUUACUUAGUCCAUGACAAUUUGUGGGUGAUCAUGGAGCUCCUGGAAGGAGGCCCCCUCACUGAUGUGGUUACCGAGUGUAUUAUGAAAGAGGGCCAGAUAGCAGCUGUUUGUCAUGAAGUUUUGAAAGCAAUAUGCUUUUUGCAUAGCAAAGGAACAAUACACCGAGAUAUAAAAUCAGACAACGUCCUAUUGGGAAUGAAUGGUUCUGUUAAAGUUACUGAUUUUGGUUUUUGUGCUAACAUUGUGGGGGAUGAAAAGCGGCAAACAUUAGUAGGUACUCCAUAUUGGAUGGCGCCUGAAGUAGUCACUAGAAAAAAAUAUGGUAAAAAAGUUGAUAUCUGGUCAUUGGGUAUUAUGAUUAUUGAGAUGUUAGAAGGUGAGCCUCCAUAUUUGAAGGAAUCCCCUCUUAGGGCUCUUUACCUCAUUGCUGCAAAUGGCAGGCCUAAUAUUCCUCGAUGGGAAAAGCUGUCCCCAGACCUUCAAGAUUUCCUAGAUCGGUGCCUUCAAGUAGAUGUUGACAAACGUGCUUCAGCACAUGAAUUGCUGCAACAUAAAUUCCUUAAGAACUGCAUGGAACUGCGCAGUUUAACACCAUUGAUACGAGCUGCUCAACAAAAUCUAAACAAGAAACUUUUUUAGAUACAUUUUUAUAUUGAAUUAAGCUGUGAUGAAUUUCGUGCCUUGUAGUCGUGAUUCCCAAAUCAAUUUUACUUUUGACAAAUGGCUUGUAUUUGCCAAAAUUUUAUUGUGUAUAAAAAUGUAUUCGAAUCAUUCAUAAUGAUUAUUUUAUUUUGCAGAUUACUACUUACCUUAUUAUGGCAUUCCAAAAGCAGUCUAUGAUCUAUAACUUUUUUAUCAAUUUUAUACAUACAUAGGCUGUUAACUUGAAAAGUGCAUUUUAUAGUAUAUAACUGAA